AUGCGAGGGGCCCUGGUGGGGUUAAUGAUUGGCUCAGAAGAGGAAAUGAGACAGUCACGGGGGAGAAAACUCCCUGGGGCAACGAGGUCCAGAACCAGGACGUGCCUGAAUUCCAUCCCCCCCUGGCCUGUCUCCAGAGACGUCAGUGACCCUCCCCUCGUUUCUCACUCUGGGGCCUGGCAGGGGGGCCGAUUAGCAGGUGGAAGGUGCGCUCAGAUGGCCUCACAGGGCGGGACACCCUUUGGCUGCCCUGAGCCUGGGCUGUGUUUCUGUUUACCUUCCUCCCUGGAGGCUCCACUCAGCACCAGUCCAGUAACUUCCAUUCCUCACCAGUACUACUGGUAUGGACGGGUAGAAAUGAAACUUAAACCUUUUCCCUUUGGGGAAAAAGCUUGCAUGCCAAUGUGCUUAAAUCUUGCCUCCCCACUUACCCAAAUCAGCCCAUGGACUGAGGUCAGGAAAGGCUGA